AGAAGCCGCCACACUGACUCACCGCCCGGUGGCUGACAGAGCUCCGUGUGUCGCCCUGAACACGCCUCAUAUGUUCAGAAAAGUAUCCUCUGAAUGGAACAACCAGGGAACUGUUACUGGAAAUAAACGAGUGUAAGCGAGGACUGAGAAUACCAGACCACAUGGAGUCCAAACGGCAAAGUGUGGUGAUGGAGCGCCUAGUGAAUGAGCUUAGUGUCCUGCUGAAGAUGCUGGACCAGGAGACGGUCAGUCCGGCCACAGCUGAUAAGAUGGCCUCCAUUCGUAACAUCCUGGACACGGUGCAGCUAUCAGUCAAUGGUUCAGACGUCUACAUGAACAGCUGUCUCUAUGGCAACGGGACAAGCUUUGUUGAGUCUCUGUUUGAGGACUUUGACUGUGAUUUGCACAUGCUCAGUGCAUCCCCAGUGGAGCAGAAAGACUAUAAAGAGGAAGAGGAGAAGACUCAUCCUAAUAAAUCUACUCCAACCGACACCCCGCCUCCGCUGCCAACUACACCACUGCCUGAUGACUACUACGAAGAGGCCGUUCCUCUAGAUCCUGGAUCCAACCCUCAGUACUUCACCACCAAUAUGCACACUUCCAGGAACUCUGUUGAGGAUGCCUACUAUGAGGACGCAGACAAUAACUACCCCAUCACUAGGAUUAAUGGACCUCCCAAAAACUCCUACAAUGACUCAGAUGCUUUGAGCAGUUCUUACGAGUCUUACGAAGAGGAGGACGAUGAGGCCAAAGGGAGGGACCAGCCCCAGAGGUGGACAACCGAGGAGAGCUCAGAAGGACCGGUUAGAGACUGUCGUAUCUGUGCCUUCCUCCUGCGCAAGAAACGCUUUGGCCAGUGGGCUAAACAGCUGGUUGUUGUCCGUGAUAAUAAACUGCAGUGCUAUAAGAGUAUCAAAGAGAGCACACCUCAGACAGAACUCCCGCUGAAUCUCUGCAACGUCAUUUACGUCCCUAAGGAAGGUCGUAAAAAGAGACACGAGUUGCGCUUCUCUUUGCCUGGAGGGGAAGCUUUGGUCUUAGCUGUUCAGAGUAAAGAACAAGCCCAGAGAUGGCUCAAGGUGGUGCAGGAUGUUGGCAGCCAGUGCAGCAACACUGAAGCCCUGAACGGAUCCACUUCACCCAUUAUUCAGAGAAAACUGGAGCUCGACAAGGUCUGUGCAGAAGUGCUUCAGUCUGACAAACAGGCAUCUGACUCCGACAGCGGUCCAAUAGGUGACAGUCAGCCCACUGUACCGGCGCUGGGACGGGACACCACCGACUCACUGCACAGGGGGAAGCGUGGUGCCUUCUCAGAGCUGACGGGGUCCAUGAGCCGAGCAGCAGGGAAGAAAAUUAAUCGGAUCAUCACCUUCUCCAAACGGAAACCCCCCCUACCGGGAGAGCCCCCCUCAUCCGCUGGUCACCAUGACAACCCACGAUGUGGUUACCUCAGUGUGUGUCUGAGCGGCUCUUGGAAGGAGCGCUGGUGUGUGGUACGAGGUGGCAGCCUGUACCUGCAGAAGGACCCUGGAGACCAGCGGCCUCCGGUCAUCGUGGUGCCACUCAAAGGAGCAGAGGUGGUGCCGGGAGGACUCGGUCCAAAGCACCCGUUCUCCUUCCGCAUCCUGCAGGCUGGCAAUGAACUGGCCUCCCUAGAGGCCAGCUGCUCAGAGGAUCUUGGCCGCUGGCUGGGUGUGUUGUUUGCAGAGACAGGGAGUGCGACGCUCCCUGAAGAGCUGCAUUACGACUACAUCGACGUGGACACACUCACUGACAUACGGCACGCUGCCAGACACUCCUUCCUAUGGGCCACUAACGCUGCUACUUCUUCCAGCAGUGCCUCCACAGACUCCAGAACAUAUGACGAAGUCUAUGAAAGUGUUGAGGAUAGUAAUGUUGACAGCAGAGCGGGUCAGGUGAGACGCCACGCCUCCUUCUCCAGCAGGGACUCCGAAAAAACUGAGCAACAGGCUGCUGUAAAGAGACAUGCAUCCAAUGUAAAUCAUUAUGCACGUUAUGGGAAGACGCGCGCAGAGGAGGAUGCCAGGCGGUACCUCAGACAGAAAGAGGAACUGGAAAAGCAAAAGGAGGAGCUCAGAAAUACUCUCAUCUCCCUCCGCAGAGAGAAGAGGGAGAUCAAGGAAGGGAUGAAGAGUAUCACUGGUCACGGUGUGGAACAGCGGUUAGCCGAGCUGGAGACGCUGUGUAAACAGAAGGAGGAGGAAAGGGUGGAGCUGGAGCUCAGACUGACUGAAGUCAAAGAAAACCUUAAGAAAUCAUUGGCUAGAGGAGCUUUAGGCCCGCCCACUGACACAAAGAUCAGUGCCAAGGCACAAGGCAGUAAGGUUGAAAAGGUUUACAAUGAGACAGUACCGGUCAACUCAGCAUCUGAGCUUCGAAAGCGACCACCGUCUCUUUACACCUCCUCAAAAGGCAAUGUUAUGCAGAAAGCAAAGGAGUGGGAGUCAAAAAAGGGGACCUAGACUGAACAUCAGACAGAUCAACAGAUGGAUUCACAGCGAAACAAGACUCGGCUUUGACAGGAGGAUGUGUACAAGGAGAAACGGGAGGAUAAAGAAAAACUGACACUGAGGAGAUGAAGGAGGAGGAGGAAGAGGAGGAGGACAGACUGAGACAUUUUGUUUCCUCCUCUUUCCCAAAAGAAAAAAAGAGGAAUCUGCAAGUAGAGGCGACUUGGUGCUGCCCACUGUAAAUACGUCAGACUGAUGUACCAGUGCGGUAUUAAUGUGGAUCGCUAUAAAAAUUAAAUGUGUUUGCAUGUGUUUACAUUUGGAGAGGGCUGAAGAAAGUGAACGUGUGAUUAUUUCACAGCAAAGGGACAGUUUAGAGUUGCUUUGUCAUCUGAACAUGUGACCUAAACCCAUUGACGGAGGAAAAAAAAACUCUUUAUGAACUCAACUACUUGUCAAUGUAAAGUUUAAGAUUUAAGAACUAAAGAAUUAUUAUAUUAAAUGGUUAUUAUUGGUCUCAUGAGUGAAGUAUCCCACAUUUUGUGAAUUUAAAACAUUAGGAAAGCACAUGAAGUAUGACACUGUCUAAGGCAAUGUAUUAAAUGUUUAUUACUGCAAUGUGAAGCUGUUAAGGAAAACAUGUUGAUUGAAUCCACUGUUUGUAACUAUAUGUGUAUUUUUUCAUUGUUGACUUUUGCACUUUAUCCUGUUGUAUUUUGUAAUUACAUAAAUUAAACUGCUUUUAUCAUGUGA